CCCGGGCACCCAUCUCACCCCGGGCUUGCUGAGCCUCUCUCUAAAUGGAACCCCCUGCUUUCUUCUCUCCCAGAACUCCCCCCUCCAGCUGCCCAUUCAGUCUCCACAUGGACCCAGCCCUGAGACCCGGCCAUUGGAUGCUCCCUGCCCCAGCCCCCAGCGCACUGGGUUCACCCGUGGCCUUCAAACAGCGCCAGCCUGGCUUCCCACAGCACGUGCCCCCCGUGCCCAGUGCCACCCGCCAGCUCCCGCUUCCCCAGCCCACCUCUGCUCAGCACCCCGUCGUCCCGGCCUCCUGAAAACUCCCAUGGGUGCCAAACACCCAAUCACUGGACCCUUGAAAAUCUCAGCCACCCCGUAUUAGCCCCAGGUCCCCCUCAACCCCGACCUCCCUCCUGGACCUGGCCGUCCCUCCCCUGGGCCUGGCCUCUCUCACUCUGAGGAGCACCCCUGCCCCUCCUGGACCUGGGAGCCAACACCGGGGCUGGGGUCUCUCCUGUCGCAGGUCUCGCGGCUUCCUGGACGUGGGCUCCUGCUGCUGGCCCCAGGGGCUGGGCCUGAGGCCGCCAUGCACCAGCACUACACCGUCCACUUCGCCAAGGGCACCCUGCACCCCCGGAGCCCUACCGAGAGCUACUUCUUGGACCCAGAGUUGGGGCACCAAAAAGAUAUCCUGACAGAGGAUGAUGUCUACUGCAGCUGCCUGGCCAAGACCCUCUGCCACGUGCCUGUGCCCGUGACCGUGGGUUUCUACGCCGCCUUUGGCUGCCGCCUGCACCUGAUGCUGGACAAGAUCACGGCGCUGAUGCAGCAGGACGCGAGGCAGCUGGAGGCCGAGCUGCUGCAGCGCGUGCAGUGGCGGCCGCGGUCCGUGCGCGGCUGGGGCUUCGUGCAGCUGCUGUGGUACCUGGUGUUCCUGCAGCCGAUCAUCUCCGAGGUGCACCUGCGGCGCAAGAACGUGAAGUUCCUCUUCAUCCGCUUCAGCGCCUGGCAGUACGAGGGCUCGGACAAGCUGUGGGCCGGCCUGGUGACCACGCUGUGUGAGGGCAUCCGCCACCACUACGGCGCGCUGCCCUUCAGCGUGUACUCGGUGAUGGGCAACAAGCCGGUCACGGCGCCGGGCUUCUGCCAGCGCGAAUGGCGCUGCCGGCGCCGCGUGUGCCUGGCGUUGGUGGCCGUGGUGGCGGCGCUGGGCCUCGGCGUGUCCCUGCUCUACCUGUCCCUGGGCGGCCACGCGCAGAGCCACAGUAGCGCGCACAGCAGCGUGAUGCGGGCGUUCGGCGGCGCGGCCACCACGCUUUCGGGCUCGGGCCUGCUCAUGGCCGUGUUCUCGGUGGGCAAGCACCUGUUCGUGAGCCAGCGCAAAAAGAUCGAGCGGCUCGUGUCGCAGGAGAAAUUCGGCAGCCAGCUCGGCUUCAUGUGCGAGGUGAAGAAGGAGGUGGAGCUGCUCACCGACUACCUGUGCUUCCUGGAGAUCUACCAGCGGCGCCGGCUGCGCGUCGUGCUCGAGAUCACCGGGCUGGACACGUGCUACUCUGAACACGUGGUGGGCGUGCUCAACGCCAUCAACACGCUGUUGUCUGACUGCCACGCGCCCUUCAUCUUCAUCCUGGUGGUGGACCCCAGCAUCCUGGCCGCGUGCCUCGAAAGCUCCGGCUCCAUGAAGGGCACGGCCGACAACGGCUACGUCUUCCUCAAUCGCACUGUCACGCUGCCCUUCUCCGUGCCCAUCAUGGGCCACCGCACGAAGCUGCAGUUCCUGCACGACGCCGUGCAGAGCCGCGACGACCUGUUGUACCGCGAGAUGACGCGCCAGCUGCGGCCACUGAGCCCGGGCGGUGACGAGGGCGCGCAGCUGCUGGCCCGGGACACGCAGGCGGGGGCCGAGCGCGCGCAGAGCCUCAUCGACGCAGAGGCGACGCGCCGCAUCCAGGAGGCGCUCUUCUGCCUGCACGACGAGCGCGACUGCCUCUACGAGUACGUGCCCGACAACCUGGUGUGCAUGCGGCGCAUCGUCAACACCGUGCCCAUCACCUUGCGCCUGCUGCAACAGCAGCAGCGGGACUUCGGGGGCCCCACGCCGCGCCAGGCCGUGGCCUGGGUCGUGCUCGCCAACCAGUGGCCCUGCCGCCUCAGCUGGGCGCUGCAAUGCCUGGAGGACCAGCAGCAGGCCGGGGGCGCGCACGAGGCCCGCGCGCGUCUCUGGGACGUGUUCCGCGACAACAGCAGCGAGCUGCACUCCCUGACCAAGGAGCUGCAUAACGUGCUGGACCUGGACGGCGACCCCGAGCUCUUCCAGCGCUUCCUGAGCGCCGACUUCCCCUUCACCGUGGCCGAGGCACAGAACCUGCUGCGCUGCACCGUCAACCUGGACCAUUCCAUCCGCCGCCGCAUGGGCCUUCUCCUGGCGGUCAAAGCGCUCAAGCCGCCCAGCCCGCCCAAGUCCCCAGCCGGCGACGCCCCCCACGCUGCUAAUGGAGCCAACCACACCCCUUCGGCGGCCUCCACCGCCCACGGAGCCAGCCAUGGAGCCAGCCACGACCCCCGGGCUGCCCGCGCUGUCACCAGAGCCAACCAGGCCCGCGAGGUCCCCCACCCCCGAGACAUGAAGCAAAGGCAUAAGCCCAGACCCGUGGCUUGA